CACAAAUACAAUUUCACUAAUUCUUAAGUUUCAAACUUUUGUAAUUUAAAUAUGUCCGGAUUUACUCUACCAACCGGAGAUUCAUAUAAUGAGUGUAUUAAUUGGAUUGAAGAAGCUAUUGGUAAAAAACAUAUUAAAUAUUAUGAAUACAACCAAUUUAACAACAUUGAAGAAAUUGGUUCCGGGAGCUUUGGAACUGUCUACCGUGCGAAAUGGAAAAAUUCUCACAGUUAUAUAGCGUUAAAAUCUUUUUUUAAUUUAAACAAUGUUACAAUUAAAGAAAUUGUUAAUGAGCUUAAACUUCAGCGUGAAGUGGAUUUCCAUGAGAAUAUUAUUCAUUUUUUUGGCAUUACAACACAAAAUCAAAAUGAUAAUUUUAAAAAAUAUUGGUUAGUAAUGGAGUAUGCUAAUAAUGGUACUCUUCAUGAAUAUUUGAAGAGACAUUUUGAUACUCUUAAUUGGAGCGAUAAAUUUAGUCUGGCACUUCAGUUAGCUCAUGCUGUAUUAUGCCUUCAUGAUGAAGGAAUCGUUCACCGUGAUCUGCAUUCUAAAAACAUAUUAGUCCGUCAAAAUACCAUCAAGUUGGCAGAUUUUGGACUGUCAAAAAGGAUUGAUGAAUCAUAUAGGACGCGAUCAGAUUUACUUGGUGUAGUUCCAUAUAUUGAUCCAAAAAAAUUUAAUAUACAACCAUAUUCUUUAGAUAAAAAAAGUGAUAUUUAUAGUAUUGGUGUACUUCUGUGGGAGAUAUCAAGUGGUCAGCUGCCUUUUGAUGAAAUAUCAUCUUAUGGUUUAAUUGUACGAAUUCCACAAGGUCUUAGAGAAAUACCUGUUCCCGACACACCUACUGCUUAUGUUAAUCUUUAUACUGAAUGUUGGGAUGGAGAACCAGAUAAUCGUCCGACUAUUAGCCAAGUAGUUGCCAAGUUAAAACAGUGCCACAAUUUAUGGAAAUAUUCUAGUAUAUAA